AGUUGCUUUCAUACCUGUGAACCACAACAUCAUGUGUAUUAUCAUAACAGAAGCCUCAUCCAAUCAGUCCAUCACAGAGUCGCCACCUUCGUCAGAAUGGCCUAUUUUUCCUUCCUUUCUGUUGUGCUUCUCCCCCCGAGGGGACCGUAGCCCUGCCGGUGGCCCUGACGGCGGUGAGGUUCCACCGUCAUGUGAACAUAACAUUAACCAACAGUUGCUGAACGAGCCCCCUUCCUUCCUGGCCAUCCGCCCACAUCAGGUGCGAAUGAGCGGCAGAAGUGGAAAGAGAAUCACCGUGCAUCUUUUCCUCCUACCGCUUCGUCGACUCUGAGUCCGGACGCGCGGUUCGACCCCUCGAGGAGAGAGAUGUUCAUGAUAAGCCCAAUGCUACUAGGUGUCUCGGCAGCCGGAAAAUCGCAGCGGGUCCGAAGCAGCUGGCAGCAAGGUGGUGUCUCAACUACCUGGAUCUCAUCCACCUAAUUUACCGAUGCGGCUUUCGUACCGUGGGUUAUGCAGACUCCGCCGGUUGAGGAUGGAGGAAGAAAUUGAGGGCUUUCUUGAUCAUCAUUGAUAUGCCCAAGCCUCUGGGGCAAGAUAAUUUUUUCUUCAACUCGAAUAGUUUCAAACAAUCUACUCGUAUGGGGGUCGCAAUAAUCCGGGGUCAAUAAUGGAAUUUCUAGGACCCUACAUUAGAACGGAAAUUUAAGCAUCCAAAAGAACACAGCCCUUUCUACCUGAGGGAGUACCAUCACAUGGUGCAUUGUAGGCACAAGCACUGACUGCACUGGUAGAUUUAGCGCAACUACUCGGAUCCGAAUGAUCGUCAGGGUCCUAGCCAUUGGGCCAUUCCCAAAUGUGUUCCAUGUCCGGAGAAGAACCGGAAAGAACAACCAAAACACACGAUGUCGGUGUAAUAACGUGCUCGACAAGCGGGGUGGUUGUGAGGCGCCUAAUACAAGGGAAAGCUAGCAGGUUGGAAGCUUUACUUAAAUCCGUCGUCGAUGCAGAGCAGCUCCUCGCUCUCUCCGAGAUAAUUUCGAAGAACGCGAGAAUUGUGAUUAGCGAGUGGUCCAAGAACCCCAUUGACAUUCCCGAUACCAAGGACGGUGUCUCCCUCCCCUCGCAUGAGCUCUACCAGGCCCGUCGUGAAAUUUUGGCCGCAGCAGGUAUGUUGACGGAAGUCGUCGACGAACCGCAACACCGACUGCUCGAGGUUUCGUCCCAGUACUUUGAAUCCCGUGCCCUUCAUAUCGCUGCCGAGCACCGCAUUCCCGAUAUUUUGAAGGGGCAUGACAAAGAGGGCGUUUCCGUUCAGGACAUUAGUGCUAAGAUCGGGAUUGAGUCCAAGAAGCUUUCCCGUGUUAUGCGCUGCCUCUGUUCUAACCACCUCUUCCGUGAAGUCAGUGAAGACCGCUUCGCAAACAACAGGAUCACUGGUGCUCUCGUCGGAAAUGAGCCAUUGCGGGCAUACCUCAUGCUCUUUGCUCUCGACUUGUACAGUGCCGCCGACUACUUCCCUAAGUACCUCACCGACCCCGUCAAGGGCCACUCAUACGAUGUUCACCUCACUGCCUGGCAAGAUGCCGUCGGUACCAAGAAGUCCCGAUGGGAGUGGCUUGAGGAGAAGAUCCCCGUUGAUGCCCCUGACUUUGGCCGUCAAGGUUACCCACGCAAUGUUGUCGGUGUCGGUGAGACCAAGGUCGAGCCUCCUGCACCAACUUCCACUGAGACUAAGCCCCGCCCUGAAAUUGAGAUCUUCGGUUUGGCCAUGUUGGGUGGUGGUAAAGUCACUGGGACUGCGCACAUUUACGAUUACCCUUGGGGAUCUCUAGGUAAUGGAACUAUUGUAGAUGUCGGCGGUGGUGUUGGUGGCUUCUCCCUCCAACUCUCCAAGCGCUUCCCCAACCUCAAGUUUGUUGUUCAGGACCGCCCGGCAGUCAUCGAACAGACCAAGCAAAUCUGGGCCAAGGAGAACCCAGAAGCACUCGAGUCCCGUGUCACCCUACAAGCCCACGACUUCUUCCAAGUUAAUCCCGUGAAGGGCGCCGACAUAUACUGGUUCCGUUACAUCAUCCACGACUGGUCUGACGAGUACUGCGUGAAAAUAUUCUCCUGUAUCCGUGCCAGCAUGUCCCCCAAGUCCCGCAUCCUCAUCUGCGACCAGGUUAUGAACACCACCCUCGGGUGUUCGGAACUUGAACCCGCUCCUUACCCGCUUCCUGCAAACUACGGGUACCACACCCGCUAUAGCCACCAGCGCGAUCUCUGCAUGGCUGCUAUUAUCAACGGUAUCGAGCGCACGCCCGCCCAAUUUAAGGAUAUCAUUGAGAAGGCCGGCCUUGUUGUCACCAGGAUUGUCGAGUGCAGGAGUGCUAUCGGAUUGGUUGAGGCGGGGUUGCCCAAUCAUGAAUAAAGUGAAGAUAUCCCAAGUACGGAAAUAGGUAUAUAGUCAGCUAAAAGAAAGAAUCUGAGUGUGGGGGCGAAGGUAGAACAGGAGAAAAAGGGAUCUGUUAUUCAACAUAUUUAUUUCUGAUGCCUUUUUGUUCUGUUGAGGGUAUUUUUCUUCCUUUUCUUUUUUUGUUUUUGCAUAUCAUUGUUUAUCUUCUACACAUUCGGUCAUCGUGGUGCGGCGUGAUUUUCAUCUUUACUUCUAUUUGGCCUUUGGGGGUGGGGGUUUUUUUUUUUGGUACAAAAUGAAAUGGGGGUUAGAGAUUCAAAUUCGAA